GGCGAAACACAUUGAUAAACAAGGAUGCGAAACAUCGGUGAGAGUUGGCCGUGCUUGAGACGUCUGCUUAAAUCUGUCUAAGAAAGAGACAGAAAAGAGCAGUUUUGCGCAGAUCAAUGGGUACCACCAAGGAAACAAACUUUGAAAAUAUAUUCGGCGCGAUUUGCUCAAGACUGAAGGCGGCGGGAACGGUGGAAACGACGUCCAAACAAUUUGCAGCACUGUCCACCGACUCUGAGCGGUACUCGUUCGUAGAGCCUCUUUUGAAUGAUAUUUUCCAGUUUGAUGGCUUUGCUAACAACGCAGAAAAGUCCGAGUCCAUUUCGUGCUCUCUGAGAGAAGCUGGCAAUGACAAAUUCAAAAAGAAACGAGAUCUGGAAGCACUGGAACUUUACACAAAAAGCAUCCUCUACGCCCCCGCCUCCUCGAAAGCACUGGCUUUGGCUUUCGGCAAUCGGUCUGCCGUUUUGAAGUCCCUGAACAAGUACACAGAAUGCAUCUUGGAUGUCCGUCGAGCGUUGUGCCUGGAAUUUCCCGAAAACUCUAAAUACAAGCUGAUGAUCCGCCUGGGAGAAUGCUACAAGGCCCUCGGGGACUUCAAAGAGGCCAUUCAAACCCUCGCAAAGGCCGAAAAGCAGCUGCAGCUUUCAGAUUUGAACGAGGAAAAACGUGUGGAGCAGCGGAAGGUCAUUGCCAGUUUGAUUAGAGAAUGCAACAACCUGAGAAAGGCGGAACGCGGACUUGAAGAGAAGAAAACUGAAACGGAGCUGCCGAGCAAGUCGUAUGGACCACACAGCGAAAUCCUCUGCGCCUCCAAGUGUGUGGACAUCGAGUACUCUCACCAAAUGGGCAGGCAUCUUACUGCAGGCAGAGACAUCGAACCUGGUGAUGUGAUAAUUGUCGAGGAGCCGUACUCUUGGAUUCUUCUGCCUGAAUUUCUGACAAGCCACUGUGGAUACUGCCUGAAGCGCUGCGCCUCUCUCAUCCCCUGUCCUGACUGUGUGAAUGCCAUGUUCUGUGGGGAAGUUUGUCUCGAAAGUGCCAACGGAAAAUACCACCACCAAGAAUGCCAGAUUAUGUCCAACUUGCUGCAGCUGGACAUGGGCAAAAUGUCCCUUCUUGCCGUCCGAAUCCUGACCAUGACCAGCCUGGAUUUUUUGUGCAGGUUCCUUGAAAAUGAUGCGAAUAUUCCUGGAGAUCCUCGUACCCUGGGAUUUAACGAACAAAAGCAGUACAAUUCGCUGGAAUUCGUGCCGAUUUAUCACUUGAUCGGUAACACCGAGUGCCGAAGCGUGUCUGAUCUGUUCAAAAGAAGUCUCAUGGCCGCUUGCCUGAUGAAAUGCCUGAAAUUAGAAUCGCCUCUUAUUGGAGGACUCCUUUUGAGACUGCUGCAGAACUUGCCUUGCAACGCCCAUGAAAUAUCCGAAACCGUCCUCUCGAAGCGGGAGAACGACGUGCCGAUGAGCUUGGAAAUCGGAGCCGCCGCCUACGCUUGCCUCAGCCUUUUGAACCACUCGUGCGACCCAAACGUGGUGCGCCACUCGCACGGAAACACGGCCGUCCUCAGAGCCAUCAAGUUCAUCGCCAAAGGGUCCGAAAUCUUGGACAACUACGGCUUCCACUUUGCCGUCCACCCGAAGGAGUCUCGGCAGACGCAUUUGCGUUCUCAGUACCUUUUCGAUUGUGCCUGCGAAGCGUGCUCUCAAUCCUGGCCUCUGCACCAGGACCUGCCGAGUUUGCCGUUGAAUAAAAAUCUCGUUCAAGAUGAAUCUGAAAAGCUGCAGGUUUUGAUCAAAAAAUGCUUGGCCGGGGAAGACGUCCCUGCGGGCACUAACCAACAGAUUUUUCGCCACAUCAAAUUUCUGCAAGAAAACAACGCCCGCCUGUGCCAAGAAUUCAACUGUUGCCAAGAAAUAGCUAAACAAAACUUCGCCAAACAGGGGAAUUUCUAUUAUGUCUAACAAACUAGUCGCUUUUUGCCUUAAACUUAUAAGUGCCAAUUAUUUAUUAAUGAGAUUAAUAUUCUGUUAAUUAAUUGUGUUGUGUAGUAUACUCAAAUUGACCUGACCGGGUUGUUAAUCCCUCUAAUUAUUUUUAAGCAUUUCGCUGUGAAUCGAUCAAAUAUUUUGUAUCAAUUUGUGAAUAAUUGUGAAUCUCAAACGUGGACAACGGUGAUCAAUGCUGUAAUAAACUUGCCUUAAUAGUUGUUUUGGCUAACAUUUAAUAAAAUGAUUGUUAAAUAAACAAAAUAUGGAAUUUUUAA